AUGGCGUUGGAGAACUCUGUCUUCACCUCCCGCCCAGAAUCCCUCUCGCUCCCCGUGGAGGAGAAGGGGGAAGGGGAAGAGGUGGAGGUGGCCACCGAGGCCGUCGCCUCCACGGAGGACUUCAACCUGUCGGAGGAGCUGGGCCACGUGGUCACCACCGAGACGCCGCUGUACCCCCCGGUCCUGGCCAGGGUCCACAGGUCCUUCCAGAACAAGCUGGCCGAGCGGGAGGCCAAAGCCAACGAGCCCAGGAAGAAGACGCAGGGGGCGGAGAAGGAGAGGGGACGAUUCGGGUGGGCUCGGACUCGGCGUAAGAGGCAACGCUACGUGGAGAAAAACGGUCGAUGCAACGUGCAGCACGGGAACAUGCGGGAGACUUACCGCUACCUGACGGACAUCUUCACCACGCUGGUGGACCUGAACUGGCGCUGCUCGCUCUUCGUCUUCGUCAUGGCCUAUGCCGUAACAUGGCUCUUCUUCGGGGCCAUCUGGUACCUCAUCGCCUACUGCAGGGGCGAUCUGGACCAUCUGGAGGACGAUAAUUGGACGCCGUGUGUCAACAAUGUCAACGGCUUCAUCUCGGCCUUCCUCUUCUCCAUCGAGACAGAGACCACCAUUGGCUACGGCCACCGGGUCAUCACUGACCAGUGUCCUGUGGGAACCAUGCUGCUGCUGCUGCAAGCCAUACUGGGAUCAAUGGUCAACGCCUUCAUGGUGGGCUGCAUGUUCGUGAAGAUCUCGCAGCCCAACAAACGAGCCGAGACGCUGGUGUUCUCCAAGCACGCCGUCAUCUCUCUGAGGGACGACAAGCUGUGUCUGAUGUUCCGAGUCGGGGACCUGCGCAGCUCCCACAUCGUCGGAGCCAACAUGAGGGCCAAGCUCAUCAAGUCCAAACAGACUCAGGAAGGUGAGUUCAUCCCUCUGGACCAGACGGACAUCAGCGUGGGCUUCGAGACCGGAGACGACCGCCUCUUCCUCGUCUCGCCACUGGUCAUCUCCCACGAGAUCGACACACAUUCGCCUUUCUGGGACAUGUCCCAGUCCCAGCUGGAGAAGGAGGACUUUGAGAUUGUGGUCAUCCUGGAGGGGAUGGUGGAGGCCACUGGGAUGACGUGCCAGGCGAGGAGCUCCUACCUGGCGGAGGAGGUGCAGUGGGGUCACAGGUUCAGCCCCAUGAUGUCUCUGGCAGAGGGAUUCUUUGAUGUCGACUACGGAGCUUUUCAUCACACGUUCGAGGUGAACACGCCCUCCUGCUCAGCGCAAGAGAUCUCAUUGGCUACGGCCCGACUCGACGCCCAUCUGUACUGGUCCAUCUCCAGCAGGCUGGAUGAGGAGCCCACGCUGACCAACGAGGCGGCCAAGCAGCCGGACAGCCGCUCGGCCAGCAGCAAAGGAGGCGAGCCCACCUUCAUUAUCGGGGAGAUGACGGACAUUCAGGAGCAAACAGGACUGGGCGAGCUGAACGGCAGCGUCGCCACCGACCAAUCGGAAUCAGAGGCCUAGAGCAGAGAAUGUUUACAUAGACCUUCAGUAUAUCGCCACCACAGUUAGUGUUCGCAGGUCUUUUGAUUUCAAGGCAAAACGAGGAGUUUAGACUCAGUUCUGCGGUAAACGCCAUAUCUUACGUUACCACAUAUGAUUUUUGUUUCUCGAUACUUUUGUCUCUUAUUUCUAUGUUGAUCUUUGUUACAAGUGUAUUGUACGUGUGCUCUUUUCAAUUUGUUGUGUUAGCUGAAAUCACCCUUGCCUAUAUAAUACAUUUAAAUGACAAUACUAUGCUUCAGGUGGGGUCAACAGUAGUAAAUCCAGAGGACCGUAAUAUUUUAAACAGAUAGAGGUCAGACCAAAAAGACAAAGUGGGUCAUAUCCGCAGAAUUAAAUAUAAGGAUUGUUUAAAUAUAAUCAUAUUUAAAGUAGGAGCAGUGCAAAGACACAUUAUUUUCACCUAAGCACAAAUACCACUUGAUAGUAUUGAGAUAUAAAGUGGUAUUGUAGAGAACUCAGCUUUGUUUAGAUGCAACGGUUGUUCAUAGUCUUAUUCCAUAGAUUGUGUAUAAAGAUGGACGACGUGUCACAGAAAUUAAGCCAAAAAUAUCU